AUGAAGCGCGACUGGAUAGCCACGGGACGGCGACCGACCGGUCUUUGUGGUGCAGCACUGCUGCUCGCUGCACGAUGCUUCAAUUUCAAUCGUACAGUAGCGGAUGUGGAGCACUGUGAAGAUCCGCCAGCAUUUCGCGAAGCUCGUCGCAAGGCACGUGAACUGCAACUCCAGAAAGAGGAGGAAGCUUUGAAAGAAAUCGAAGCCGAGGUAUUUCGCUCAGUGCACUUGAAAUUGCCAUCUUUACUAGCAUCUCUUUAA